AUGACGACGGCGGGCGCUGGGAUGGGCGGCGGUGCUGGGACGGACGGCGGCAGUAGAACUGACACCGGCGAUGGCGCUGGAACAAACGACAGUAGCGGCAGCGGGGCUAGAACAGGCGGCAGCGGCGGGAGACGAGCAUCGAUGGAGUAUCAAAGUAGGGGCAAGAAGCGUGCCGAGCCUUCUAUAGAGGCACAAAGAGAGCCAAGUUCGGCCCAUUCUGAUGCACGUACCCCAGUGGAUAACAGUACAUCUGGGCAACAAAAUGCUCAGAUUAGUUCGAUGGUCAGUAAUCAGAGGAGCCAUACAUCCCCUACUGGAGACACCAGUAGGCCAUUUUGGGAGAAGGCAACGACGGUGUCGUACCAAUAG